GUGCGACCCGCAACUUGAUCCAGCACUAGGUAUUACAGGCAUUACUGGGACAGCAGGAUAGGCCGUUUCAAGGCUUACAGCCCCUCCACGACUUUUCGCAUCAUAUCGACCGCCCCUCUGUAGCUCAUGGAAGCUGCAGCACAAUCACCACGAUCCUCCGUCACACUAUCACCGAGACCGGUCUAUGUCUUCUUCUUCCCAGGCUCCGCAACCCCAUGAGACACAUGACGAUCCCGGCGAACAGGAGCUAGAGAAUGGCGCAAAGGAGGAUGUAGUUGCAUUGGCAGGACAAAUGGAAAUGUUGGAGACGGAUGGGAGCACUGAGAAGAAGAAUGACCCGCGAAAGAGGGACUCUGAACCCUCGAAGGUGAAGACAGGCCCAAGUGUUGAUGAGGGGCAGAGUCGUGCUGCAGUCGAAGAGACAGCACCGGUCCUUGAUAGACCCGUCGAUCCAAAUGUAGGCCGUGGGAAAGAUUUGAAGCUGGUGACAGACACAAGCCGAGAUAUCUCUGCCACCUCAACUACGACUACUACGGUCGAAGCGCAACCCCUCGAUGCGUCCCCGCCACCCAUUGUAGAUGAUACCUCGAAAUCCGCGGGGAAGGCCCCCAUAAGAUCCCCUUCGCCUCCUCCUCCACCUCCUAAAGAUGACAAGUUCCUAGCGUCUGACAACAAUACUCCCAGCCGAGCUAAUUCCCCAGUUUCUCAAGGGAAAUCCAGUGGCAGGAAUUCGGAAGAUGCUGCUGCCAGCUCGUACGCCGCACAGUAUGAUGCUGGCGAGAGUGCAGUGGAUGAUUCAAGGUCCGAGAUUCAGAGCAUCAUGGAACAAUUUGAAGAUGGCCAUGGAGGCCCGGGUGCAGAUGAGAUCAUGUCACCACGGUUGGAGAUUGCUGGGCCACUUCUGGAAUCUCCUGUGGUGCAUCCUCCACGGAGAUCUAGUCUCGCAAAUCUCGAGAAACCCUUACCCACGCCGACCGACGCUACCUCGUCCGAACAAGUAGCCCAUUCACCGCCUCCUCGUACGUCUUCUCUCUAUCGCGUCGGGACGAACACAUCUCUCUCCGAACCAAUGUCUCCUAGUGCACACGCACCCCAGUAUAAACCAAAUCAUCCAGUUCCCGACCCAGAACCUGAUCUUCCCUUCGAUUUUCAUCGAUUCUUGGAGCAGCUCCGCCACAAAUCUGCCGAUCCAGUUGCCAAAUUCCUCAGAUCAUUCCUUCUCGAGUUCGGUAAAAAACAGUGGAUGGUGCACGAACAGGUCAAGAUUAUCAGCGACUUUUUGGAGUUCAUUAGCAAAAAGAUGGCUCAGUGUGAGGUUUGGCGGACUGUUUCCGAUGCAGAAUUCGACAAUGCAAGGGAAGGUAUGGAGAAGCUGGUAAUGAAUAGGCUCUAUAGCCAGACGUUUUCGCCGGCCAUCCCUCCACCCGAACCAGUUCAUCACAAAGGAAGGCGGAGGGGAGGGGAGCCUUUAGGCCUAGGCCGGAGAGGACAACACCAAGAAGACGUCGAGAGGGAUGAAGUACUGGCUCAAAGAGUGCGCAUAUACAAGUGGGUCAAGGAAGAUCAUCUCGAUAUCCAGCCCGUUGGUGAUAAAGGAAAGAAGUUCCUAGUCCUUGCGCAGCAGGAGCUGUUGAAGAUUAAGAGUUACAGGGCGCCUAGGGACAAAGUAAUAUGCAUACUCAACUGCUGCAAAGUCAUCUUUGGAUAUCUACGAACCUCGUCGUCGGAUCAAUCAGCAGAUGCUUUCGUCCCAUUGCUCAUCUACACGGUCCUGCAGGCUAAUCCAGAUCACCUGGUAUCGAACGUGCAGUACAUCCUUCGCUUUCGCAACCAGGAUAAGCUCGGGGGUGAAGCAGGCUAUUAUAUCUCGUCACUAAUGGGAGCUAUUCAAUUCAUAGAAGGCCUCGAUAAGACAUCCCUUACCGUCAGUGACGAGGAAUUCGAGAAGAACGUUGAAGCUGCGGUGUCCGCGAUAGCGGAAAAACAUUCAGAGUUGGAAUCUGAUCAUUUAACGCCAGAUGAUCCCAACUCAACAAACCUCCGCCCGCAGAAUCAAUAUGGGGCGACCCACGGACAUCGUAGAAUGCCAUCUCCUCAUCUACAUCUCUCCGAGAAAUCUGCCUUGUCACGUCCAGAGGUGACACAGCGUAAUUCGUUAGAUGCCGAGCGCGCUGGACCACGCCGAUCUACAAGCGUCCGGAACACCACAGCAGAUGUUGAACAGCCUGAAGAAGAAAAUGCUGCCGUGGCUGGGCUACUACGCACAAUACAACGGCCUCUUAGCACCAUUGGCAGAAUCUUCUCCGAUAACGACACCACCCCCCAAUCAUCCUCGGGACCUGUGGGUACACCACGUCUUUCACCAAACCCACCCGGACCGCAACCCAGACGGUCAUCGGAUUAUCCUGCGAAUACCCCUCAAGAGUACAAUGAGAAGGAAGUACGUAGGCGCUCGAUCGAGGAACAGCGUCAUCGGGAACGGCUUUCCGCCGAGGACGCUGCGGCCAGGCAGGCAUCCGCUGAAGCAGAGGAAGCAAGGAAGAUCCAGCGGCAGGAGCAUAGGGUCGUGGUUGAGACGUUGGCAGGAAUGUUCCCAGCAUUGGAUAGAGAGGUCAUUGAUGAUGUCGUGAGGUUAAAGGAAGGACGUGUUGGUCUAGCUGUGGAUGCAUGUCUAGCACUUAGUAAUCCCUGAAAGUCCCGGUAUGCCACUUCUAAUCAUUCCAGCAUUAUACCGCAUUGAUAUAGCCUGCACUGCCUGUCAUUGGAACAUACUCAGCGGACAAAGUAAAGCAUGGUGAUGUUUGAUUUUAAUCUGAUUCUUCCUAGUGUAUUUCUAUGAGAGCUCCGCGCCUUCGCCCAGAUCAUGCUUUUAUUCUCUCGCCUGAGGUUCCUGAUGCUGGGCUACAUAAGACAUAUCAACUUUAUUCCCAUGGAGGAUAUUGGGACAUUCCGUUGAAGGGGUAGACUUUCGAAUGACGAGAUUUUGCGGCGUUGAAGACCUCAUAAAAUUAUCUUAUUCCAC